CCAGCCGCGAAGCCGUAUAUCGGAUCGAAUUGCUCCCCAAACAGCACAACUGGGCGACACAUUUCCAUCUGAGUCUUGCGUGGAAAGAGGACAGUUUGAACGGAUGGUCUGAAAGCCGUCCAAUCCCCACCGCCCAGGUUCGAUACAUCCCACUCGAACACUACACCCCCCGACUUCCCCCUUGAACACUGUCCUCAACCUCACCGCGCCGGCACUUCGCCAGCAAACACCACAGCAACUGCCCACGAUGGCCUCCUUUCUGGAAAAUGCGUACAGCUUGGUGCACCAGGACAAUGCUGCCGACAUCCCUUCCCUGUCCGACCUGCGCACGCAGCUCGAGAAGGGCACCGACGAGAGCAAGGUCGAGACCAUGAAGCGCAUUCUCACCAUCAUGCUCAACGGCGACCCGAUGCCUAACCUGCUCAUGCACAUCAUCCGAUUCGUUAUGCCCUCGAAGCACAAGGCUCUGAAGAAGCUCCUGUACUUUUACUACGAGAUCUGCCCCAAGCUGGACUCCAAUGGCAAGCUCAAGCAGGAGAUGAUCUUGGUCUGCAACGGUAUCAGAAACGACCUGCAGCACCCCAACGAGUACAUCCGAGGAAACACCCUCCGUUUCCUGUGCAAGCUUAGGGAACCCGAGCUCAUUGAGCCUCUGCUUUCGUCCGCGAGACAAUGCCUCGAGCACCGCCACGCCUACGUCCGCAAGAACGCCGUCUUCGCCGUCUCCUCCAUCUACACACACUCCGCCUCCCUGAUCCCCGAUGCCUCCGACCUCAUCGCCACCUUCCUCGAAGCCGAGAACGACGCAACAUGCAAGCGCAACGCCUUCGCCGCGCUGGCGUCCAUCGACCACGAAAAGGCCCUGCUCUACCUGAGCACCGUAUUCGAGGGUAUUCCGAACGCAGAGGAGCUUCUGCAGCUCGUCGAACUCGAGUUCAUUCGCAAGGAUGCCGUCCAAAACUCGCAGAACAAGGCGCGGUAUCUCAGACUCAUUUUCGACCUCCUCGAAGCAAACGCCUCGACCGUCGUGUACGAAGCCGCUUCUUCAUUAACCGCCCUCACCAACAAUCCUGUCGCUGUCAAGGCCGCGGCCGCCAAGUUCAUCGAGCUCAGCAUUAAGGAGGCGGACAACAACGUUAAGCUCAUCGUGCUGGACCGGGUCGACCAGCUGCGGAAAAAGAACGAGGGUAUCCUGGACGACUUAGUUAUGGAAAUUCUCCGCGUCCUCUCUAGCCCCGACAUUGAUGUUCGACGCAAGGCCCUGGACAUUGCUCUCGAGAUGGUGUCGAGCAAGAACGUCGAGGAGGUUGUCCUCUUGCUCAAGAAGGAGCUGUCCAAGACCGUCGACCAGGAGUACGAGAAGAACACCGAGUACCGUCAACUCCUCAUCCACACCAUCCAUCAGUGCGCCAUCAAGUUCUCCGAGGUUGCUGCUAGCGUCGUCGACCUGCUAAUGGACUUCAUCGCCGACUUCAACAACACCUCCGCCGUCGAUGUCAUCAACUUUGUGAAGGAGGUCGUCGAGAAGUUCCCCAACCUGCGCAAGCCCAUCGUCCAGAGGCUGGUUGCUACCCUGAGCGAGGUGCGCGCCGGAAAGGUGUAUAGGGGAAUCAUGUGGAUUAUAGGAGAAUAUUCCCUGGAGGAGCGCGACAUCAGGGAUGCGUGGAGGAGCAUUCGUGCCAGCCUUGGCGAGAUCCCGAUUCUCGCUUCGGAACAACGACUUCUUGACGGUGACGGCGACGAGGAAAACAAGGAGCAGGUCAACGGCCACUCCAAGCCCGCGGCACCCACCGGCUCCCGAAAGGUCCUUGCCGACGGUACUUACGCUACCGAGACGGCGCUCACCAGCCAGUCUGCUGUGGCUGCCAAGUUGGAAGCCGUCAAGGCUGCCCAGAAGCCUCCUCUGCGCCAGCUCAUCCUCGACGGCGACUACUACCUCGCAACCGUUCUCUCCGCCACCCUGGUGAAGCUGGUCAUGCGCCAUGCUGAGAUCUCUGCCGAGUCCGCUCGUACCAAUGCACUUCGGGGUGAGGCCAUGCUCAUCAUGAUUUCCAUCAUCCGUGUCGGACAGUCGCAAUUCGUCAAGGCCCCUAUCGACGAGGACUCUGUGGACCGCAUCAUGUCUUGUGUGCGGUCAUUGUCUGAGUUCACCCAGAACAAGGAACUCGAGACUGUUUACCUCGACGAUACCCGGAAGGCGUUCAGGGCGAUGGUCCAGGCCGAGGAGAAGAAAAAGGCUGCCAAGGAGGCUGUCGAGAAGGCCAAGACAGCCAUCCAGGUCGACGACGUUGUCCAGAUCCGCCAGCUGUCCAAGAAGAACGCCAACGAUGGACUGGAUGAGAUUGAAGUCGACCUGGAAAGGGCAACCGGCGGAGAGGCCACCGCAGAGGAUCUGUCAUCCAAGCUCAGCCGCGUUGUCCAGCUGACCGGUUUCUCCGACCCCGUCUACGCCGAGGCCUACGUUAAGGUGCACCAGUUCGACAUCGUCUUGGACGUGCUGCUGGUCAACCAGACCAUGGAGACGCUGCAGAACCUGUCAGUCGAGUUUGCUACUCUUGGUGAUCUCAAGGUUGUCGAGCGCCCGACGACACAGAAUCUGGGUCCCCAUGACUUCCACAACGUCCAGUGCACUAUCAAGGUCUCCUCCACGGAUACCGGCGUCAUCUUCGGCAACGUUGUCUACGACGGCGCCCACUCUACGGACACUAAUGUCGUCAUCCUCAACGAUCUCCACGUUGACAUUAUGGACUACAUUCAGCCCGCAACGUGCACCGAGACGCAGUUCCGCACGAUGUGGACCGAGUUUGAGUGGGAGAACAAGGUCAACAUCAACUCCAAGGCCAAGUCUCUCCGCGAUUUCCUCGAACAGCUGAUGGCAGCGACCAACAUGAACUGCCUGACCCCGGAGGCCAGCAUGAAGGGCGACUGCCAGUUCCUGAGCGCGAACCUAUACGCUCGCAGCGUUUUCGGCGAGGACGCUCUGGCCAACUUGAGCAUCGAAAAGGAGGGCGAGGACGGACCCAUCACCGGCUUCGUCAGAAUAAGAAGCAGAUCGCAGGGCCUGGCCUUGAGCCUGGGUUCCCUCAAGGGCCUCAACAAGAUCGGCUCGGCGGCAUAAAGGGGUUGAUAGGCCGAUUUUGGUGUUAUAUAUCGAAACAGCAGUGUUGGUUGCCCCGGCUGCCUAGGGGCCUAGGCCCGUGGGUGUAAUGAGAGCCAAGGAGGUGCCGUGAUGACUCCGAAACCAAAAGCAAAGACACGGUUCGUUGGGAAGGGGAGCAACUGACGGCUGGCUCAGUUGGAGCGGCUGUCAUUGUUGAAAUGGGGAACGAUUAGGGAAGAGGGAGGGGCGAAGUCUUGUCUGUGUUUUUCUUCCCUCGGCUUCUCCCCUUCUCUCUCUCGUUUUUGGUUAGAGUAAAAAGUGCAGCCCGGUCAGGCGUCAUGAGUAGGUAGAAAUGAGAUGUUCUUCAU